CAUUGAAUGAGAAAGCACCGCCUCCGCCUCCUCCCGCAGUGGCCAGCGCACUCUGAAGCUGUCUAGAGAAGUGUGCACUGUUCGUCUUUCCGGCGCCUCUAUCCCAGCAUCAUACCUUUCCUCAUAAAGCAAUCAAAAUGCGUGAAUGUAUCUCAGUACACGUGGGUCAGGCUGGAGUCCAGAUGGGCAAUGCAUGCUGGGAACUCUACUGUCUGGAGCACGGGAUCCAGCCUGAUGGUCAGAUGCCCAGUGACAAGACCAUUGGAGGAGGAGACGACUCCUUCAACACCUUCUUCAGUGAGACUGGAGCUGGCAAGCAUGUCCCCAGGGCUGUGUUUGUGGAUCUGGAGCCCACUGUCAUUGAUGAGGUGCGCACAGGAACUUACCGCCAACUCUUCCAUCCUGAGCAGUUGAUCACUGGGAAGGAGGAUGCAGCCAACAACUACGCCCGUGGUCAUUACACCAUCGGCAAAGAGAUCAUAGACAUGGUUCUGGACAGGACUCGCAAACUGGCUGACCAGUGCACUGGCCUCCAAGGCUUCCUGGUCUUCCACAGCUUUGGAGGUGGCACCGGUUCCGGUUUCACCUCCCUGUUAAUGGAACGCCUGUCUGUUGACUAUGGCAAGAAGUCCAAGCUUGAGUUCUCCAUCUACCCAGCUCCCCAGGUAUCCACAGCUGUUGUUGAGCCCUACAACGCCAUCCUGACCACCCACACCACCCUGGAACAUUCAGACUGUGCUUUUAUGGUAGACAAUGAGGCUAUCUAUGACAUCUGCCGUAGGAACCUUGAUAUUGAGCGUCCGUCCUACACUAAUCUUAACAGGUUGAUUGGCCAGAUUGUGUCCUCCAUCACUGCUUCCCUCCGAUUCGAUGGUGCCCUCAAUGUUGAUCUGACAGAGUUCCAGACUAACUUGGUGCCCUAUCCCCGUAUCCACUUCCCUCUGGCCACCUAUGCCCCAGUGAUCUCAGCAGAGAGGGCUUACCAUGAGCAACUCUCUGUGUCUGAGAUCACCAAUGCUUGCUUUGAGCCAUGUAAUCAGAUGGUAAAAUGUGACCCACGUCACGGCAAGUACAUGGCCUGCUGUCUGCUGUAUCGUGGUGACGUUGUGCCCAAAGACGUUAACGCUGCCAUUGCCACCAUCAAAACAAAACGCUCCAUCCAGUUUGUAGACUGGUGCCCAACUGGUUUUAAGGUUGGUAUCAACUACCAGCCCCCAACUGUGGUACCUGGUGGAGAUCUGGCCAAGGUCCAGAGGGCAGUGUGCAUGCUUAGCAACACCACUGCUAUUGCAGAGGCCUGGGCCCGCCUUGAUCACAAGUUUGACCUGAUGUAUGCCAAGCGUGCUUUCGUGCAUUGGUACGUAGGUGAGGGUAUGGAGGAGGGAGAGUUCUCUGAGGCCAGGGAAGACAUGGCUGCCCUGGAGAAAGAUUAUGAGGAGGUGGGUGUCGACUCCAUUGAGGGAGAGGGAGAGGAGGAGGGAGAGGAGUAUUAAAUACCCUGCCAUGUGACCCAGAGCUGAGAAUGACUGAAUUGUUUCCACUACACUUUUUGAAAAAGGGUUCCAAAAGGGUUCUUCGACCGUCCCCAUAGGAUAACCCUUUUUGCUUCCAGGUGAAUCAUUUUUGGUUCCAGGUUAAAAAAACGUUUGAGUUCCAAAAGGGUUCAACCGUGAACCAAAAAGAGUUCUUCAAAGGGUUCUCUAACAGGGACAGCCAAAGAACCCUUUUAGGUUCUAGAUAUAACCUUUUUUUUCUAAGAGUGUAUGAUUCUGUCUUGAACAACCAAUAUAAUGAAGUAGCAGGAUGGUAAGGUGUAGUCUACAAGUCUUAAAAUAUGCUCACUCACAAAGGCUGAUGUCCUUGCUUAAUCUGUGCUUUUGUAGCGAGAUCCCAAUAAAAUGAUCAUCAAUAAAGAAGUUUGUUCUCUGUC